ACCCUCUUCCUCUGAGUCUCACCUCUUUUCUGUCUCUUGCACUCAUUCUUAGUAAUAGUUAGAGUUUUUGUUUGGCCUGUAUUGUUUGUUAAAGUAUCGAUUUUUGCAUUUUUCUUUAUCAACGAAGAACAGUUUUCUUUUUUCCCCCUCUCAUCUUUAUUUUUUUUUACUUUUUGUCUUCUUUCAGAGGCAUCAUCCUGAUCUUCACCUCCAUUUUUCUUCAACCGUUUGGAGGAAACCAAAUAAUACAGCAAUAUUUUGAACCAUGAGCACUUACACUGUGACACUUCCCGGACCUGCACCAUGGGGUUUCCGCUUGCAAGGAGGCAAGGACUUCAACAUGCCCCUCACUAUUUCCCGGAUCACUCCUGGGAGCAAAGCAGCUUCAGGUAACCUGACCCAGGGUGACAUCAUUGUAGCCAUCGAUGGGGUCAGCACUGAGGGCAUGACUCACCUGGAGGCUCAGAACAAGAUCAAGGGUGCCAACUUUAACCUGGCCCUCACCAUGCAGAGGUCAAAGCGCCCAGUCCCUGUGUCAAUGACUGCACCAAGAAUCGACACUUCAGUUCCUGUCAUCCCUCAUCAGAAGGUUAUUACCAACAUGCCUAUCAACAACGAGUAUGUACCCGCUUUCAACCCCACUGCCCUUAAGGACACAGCUCUUUCCACCAACAAGCCCAUUGAAGUGAAGGGGCCGGGAGGCAAGGCUACCAUCAUCCACGCCCAGUACAACACUCCGAUUAGCAUGUACUCUCAAGACGCCAUCAUGGACGCGAUCGCUGGUCAGUCUCAGGCCAGAGGGGCUGAAAUGUCCGGCGAUGAGGCUCUCCCUGGCUCUCCCCUUUCUAGUCUGCCUGUUAAAGAGCGUGUUAUAGACAGUGCUUCCCCAGUGUAUCAGGCUGUGAAUUCCAGCGGAGAAGUGCUGGAGCCUGCUGAGUGGGCACGGAGAGCCGCUCACAUGCAGUCCAAGUCCUUCCGCCUUCUCGCCCACAUCACCGGCACUGAAUACAUGCAAGACCCAGAUGAGGAAGCUCUUGCCAGAGCGAGCAGCCAGUAUGCACAGCAGCCACCUAUGCAGCAAGCUCCACACGUUCAACAGCCUUUUCACAUUCAAAACACUCCACCCCUUCAACAGGCCCCACCCAUGCAGCAGAGCUCCAUUCACAUCCCUGUAGGUCCACCUUCAACUAAAGUCAGUACUGCCACCACUGUACCUACAGCUUAUCCCAGUGCUCCCGGGUGUGAGUUUCAGGGGCAAAGGGCACAGCGUGGUGUCCAUUUCAGUGAAGCCCCAGUUCAAGCCCCUCAUCCUGCCCCAGUUCAUGUUCCUCCUCCUGCCCAAGUUCAUGUUCCUCCUCCUGCCCCAGUUCAUGUUCCUCCUCCUACCCAAUUUCAUGUUCCUCCUCCUGCCCCAGUUUAUAUUCCUCCUCCUGCCCCAAGUAAUUUUUCCGCUCCUAUUCCUACUGCUCCUGUCCCAGGCCCUGCCCAAUCCUCAAGCAGACCCCCCUGGGUCAUGGAUGACACUUUUGCCCAUAAGUUUGAACCCAGCAAGACCACCACCAGCAUCUUAGUGCAGCCUCUUCCCACUGCAGCCCCACCACCUCCUGCCUUCAUCCCCAACCCUUCUUCUGCCCCUGCUGCCCUCAGCCCUGCCCCAGCACCUGCUAUCUCUGCCCCUUUCCCUCCUGUGGCUCGUGGCGUGGCACAGAGAGCGGAGCGCUUUGCUGCCAGCAACAGGACCCCGAUGUGUGGGUCCUGCAACAACAUCAUCAGGGGGCCCUUCCUAGUGGCGCUGGGCCGAUCAUGGCACCCGGAGGAGUUUAACUGCCAUUACUGCCACACGUCACUGGCUGACGUCAGCUUUGUGGAGGAGCAGAAUAAUGUUUACUGUGAGAACUGUUAUAGGGAAUUCUUUGCCCCUACCUGUGCCCGCUGCAGCACUAAGAUCAUGGGAGAAGUGAUGCAUGCUCUGCGGCAGACCUGGCACACUACCUGCUUUGUGUGCGCUGCAUGUGGGAAACCGUUUGGAAACAGCCUCUUUCAUAUGGAGGAUGGAGAACCUUACUGUGAGAAAGAUUAUAUUGCGCUCUUCAGCACUAAGUGUCACGGCUGUGAUUUCCCAGUGGAGGCUGGGGACAAGUUUAUUGAGGCUCUUGGCUACACAUGGCAUGACACCUGCUUUGUGUGUACGGUCUGCCACAUAAAUCUGGAAGGUCAGCCGUUCUAUUCUAAGAAGGACAAACCUUUAUGCAAGAAACACGCUCACGCCAUCAACGUGUAGAUCCAGCAGGAGUACAGCGAUCGUUCUGGUCGCUGCCUUUGCCUUAAUAUCGCUUAGAGAAGGAAUUGAAACCAAUUUAAAUACGGAUUCUACAAAUCAUGCAGCCCGACCUACGUAUUAUAUACUUAAUAUUAAAACUAUUAAUAAUAUAAAGACAAGUUGAUUUGAUGCCAUGGUAUGUUUUAAUUGAAUACAGAAGUGCUGAAUUGAGUGUGUGCAAUGAGAAUAGAUAAAUAGAUCAUCUUAAUACAUUUAAUGCAGUUUGCUAUGGAGCGAGCUCUACGUGUACAUACAGAGCUCUGUGAGGGGAAAAAAAUCAUUUCAGUUGAACUUGACUUGAUUGCAUUUGCAAUGUGCUCCUUAUAGUCUGUGUGAUCGAGGGUUUUUUUUUGUUGUUUUUUUAAUUGUUUUUUGUUUCUUGCUUUUUAUUUAACUAGAAUUUGAUAUUUCAAAUUUAUCGUGUUAGCAUUGUGGAUUGUGUCGAUGUUUCAUUGGUAAAUGAAUGCAACACACCUAUAGAGAGGUUAGAAUCUUUAUCUUAGUUAGCAACACUUGGAAUGAGGAAUAGUCUUGCGCGUUAACUAAAAUAUAGUGGUUGGGUGUGAAAUAUGUAUUUUAAGCAAAGUGUUCCUGAUCUCUUUAUCCAGGUCUUGUCAUUAUUGAUGUCGAGAUUGCAUCUGGUAAUGCCUGAAAUGUAUUAAAGCCCUAAAUGAGAACUUUAAUAAUAUUUUUAUUUAAUGAGUCUUUCCACAAGAUGCUUUAUUUGUAUACAUCAAGGUUUAUGAGAGCUAAGAGAUAAUAUUGUAACGCAUGGCUGAAACGUCGGCUGCUGCGCUGUUUUAUUGCUGAGUUGAAUUGACACCUAAUUUAUUUUUGUUAUGUGCAUGUGUGAUGGGAAACACCUGGCUUAUUUGAAGCUAUAUAUAUAAUGUGUGUGUGUGUGUGGAUCAAUUCCAGCUCCAGUUCCAAUUACAUCAAAUAAUUUAACUGAAAGUUUUGCGUGUUCUCCUCGUGGUCCUGUGGGUUUCCUGUGGGUUCUCCGGUUUCCUCUGAAAAAAAAAUAAAUCAUGCUCGGCGGUGGCUCGACUAUGCUGUAGUAUCCUGUGGGGUGUGUACAGUGCCCUGCAAUGGACUGGAGGGUUUAUUCAGGCUGUGUUCUUCCCUCCCAACUCAUACCAUGAUCCUGACCAGGACAAAGUGCCUACUGAAGCUAACUGUACAGGAAAAAAAUGAAGACAACAGUAACACAGAUCGUGACUACUUUUGAUGGUGUUACACAGUUUCUGGAGUCGAUUUGGCAUUUAGUUUGUUAGAUUUCACUUCUGUGUGUAUUAUUUAGCUAUGAAUUUUUACAAAAAACACCAUAAACUACCAAUUUAGGUAAUAUUGUAAAAGAAAUUGUUGUGAAAUUGUGUACUUUGAGUGUGUACUUAAAUGGUUUAAGGCAAGAGAACAACUUGGCACGUUUAAAACCAAUGGGAAAAUCUUACAGUUCAAGUAUAUUGUGUACAUUUUCACCAUAUAUUUAUUUGUUGUAUUUUAUUGAACUAAUAAUUGCCUCACAUCUGGUUUGACAUUUCUGUGUCAACCAAACCCUUAACUUAUAAAUGGGAAACAGUGAUCGAGAUACUUAGUGAACUUGUAUAACAUAAUCCAGUUUUCAAGUAGAUCACAUUAACUGAAGAUAGAUGAUAUUAAUAUAUGUGUUUAUUCAAUCCUAAUCAUUUUCCUUAGUUACUUUGUUGAAUGUGCAGGCCUUUGAUUCCCUGUCUCAUUACUACAGCCUGCAUUCCAGCACACUGAGGGUUUUUAAACAGUGUAUGUCUGUAUAAGGCGGUGCUGUGUUGGAGCAUGUAGCAUUGCCCCGUCACAGCUUCAGGGUUCUGGGAUCGAUCCUGAGCUUAGGUUACUCUUGGCUUGGAGUUGCUCAUGCUCAGGGUUCUCUGUUUUUAUCACACUGUUCAACAUCAUGCAGAACUGGCUAUUCUAAAUCACCUCUAGGUGUGAGUGAGGGUAUGAAUGGUAAUCUGUGUUGGACUAACUUCCAACAUCUGUGUUGGACUAACUUACACUGUGCUCUCAGUGUAACCUGGACAGACUUCAGAGCCACCAUGACCCUGAUGAAACCGAUAAGCAGUUGAAUGAAUAAAAGAAUGAGAACAUCGUAACAUGUUUUCACACUCAUUUUCUUGGGGCUGAUGGUUUUUAAUUUGAUAAAAUUUUAGCGGAAGUUAUGGUUAAGCGUAAGAUAAACCAUGCCACCCUCCUUAAAUGUUAACGUGUUUGUAAUAACACUAACAUUGUUUAAGCAGAAGAGUUUUUUUUUUUUUCCACAAUCAGGUUCACAUAAGUAACCUAUCCAGCAUUUUUUUUUUAUUUGUUUGAGACAAAAGUUUUAAAAUUAAUUCAGAUAAAUGAUAGUUGGCUUUAGAAUGUAUGAAUUCUUGUAUUUAUUUUGUAGGCUGUAUGAUUGUUCUUAUAUGCCAUAAUGCACAGAGCAAUCACUUUUCUGAGCAUUUACUACAUACACUACACUACACUACCGAGCAGGAAGAUGUCUGUUCUGUACGACUCUUUACACAACACCUGUAUAUGAACAUGAUAAAUGUGGUGUAUUAACUGGAGAGAAAACAUCUCCGUAAAUGUAUUGCCAUUAACUUGUUUUUAAGGCCUCCAGUUACCAUGUAGCUUAAUAUGAUUAGUAUUGUUAUAGCUGCCAGAAAUGUCCAGAGUGAUUAUGACUCCUUCCUGUGUGUAAUUAUUAGAAUAAACAUAUUAUUUUGCAAUAUA